UGUAGGUUUGUUUUACUCCAUGUGUAACUCUGUGUUGUAUGUGUCAAACUGCUUUGCUUUAUCUUGGCCAGGUCGUAAUUGUAAAGGAGAACUUGUUCUCAACUUUCCUACCUGGUUAAAUAAAGGUUAAAUAAAAUAAAUAAAAAAAAAUAUUCAAGACAAAACAAUUAUUGCUUUGCCAAAUGUUUUUGCAGUAUUACUUUAGUGCCUUGUUGCAUUGUUUUGGAAUAUUUGUUAUCCUGUACAGGCUUACUUCUUUUCUCUCUCAAUUAGGUUAGUAUUGUAGAGUAACUACAAUGUUGUUGAUCCAUCCUCAGUUCUCUCCAUUUUCAUCCAUUAAACUCUGUAACUGUUUUAAAUUGACCAUUGGCCUCAUGGUUAAGUCGCUGAGAAGUUUCCUCUCCGUCAACUGAGUUUUUAAAUCAUCUGAUUUUGAUUAUUUUAUAUAUUUUACAUGUCAUAAGGUCACACAGAGGGCCAGAGAAUUAGCCACCUGUGAUAAUCUGAAGUACCCAAAAAUGCGACUAGAUGUCAGCUUAUGAAAUAACUUGAAAGCUACCAAAAUUCUAGUAGUUUACUGGUGAACUUCUGAAGUUUCCAGUAAUAUACCCUCCCUUUGCAAGCCUAGGCACGCAUAAGUCUUAGCCUAAGCUAAAUUACAAUUGUUUGUUUUUAUCUUUGAAGUCAUCUGUUUCAGAGACAUGGACAACUAUGAAAAGGUGAGGAAGAUAGGGUAAGGUUCCUUCGGGAAAGCAAUCCUCAUCAAAUCCAGGGACGAUGGAAAACAGUAUGUCAUCAAGCAGAUCGGCAUCUCCCGGAUGUCCAGUAAAGAGAGACAGGAGUCCCGGAAAGAGGUGGCUUUUCUGGCCAACAUGAGCCACCCCAACGUCGUCCAGUACAAAGAGUCCUUUGAAGAGUGUGGAUGUCUGUACAUCGUAAUGGAUUACUGUGAGGGAGGAGACCUAUUCAAGACGAUCAACUCUCAGAAAGGAGUGCAGUUCUCUGGGGAGCAGGUACAAAAAAAACAAUGGAGGCACCAAGCAGAUGAAACUCACCUGAAAGCCAUGGUUCAGAUGAAUGAAGCACAAAAAAGACUUACGUUUCCGUAUACUGUGGAGCUGGCCAGGACAUGUAUCGGGACGCCGCAUUGGGGUCAUGCGGGAGCUGAACGGGUCAAUCAGGUUCAGGAGUUCCUGCAGCGUAAAAGGGACGCCAUGCUGAACAAGGGUGCCCGGCAAAACCUGGCAGCCCUCUAUGGUCAGUCCAGCUACAGGAGAGUCAAGCCCAACAAAGAGGAGGAGGAGUACCUGUCCCAGCGGAGGCAGAUCAGGCUACAGAACUUCAACGAGCGCCAGCAGAUCAAAGCACACCUCAGAGGAGAGAAGUACGACAGUGAUGGCUCAGACAGCCAGGUGUCCUGUAAUGAGGCAGAGCUUAGGAGAAAGAAGAUUGAGUGCCGCUCCAUCGGCGCUCCAAGUGAUGCGCCCAGAGCCAAGCCCAAAGGUCAGGAAGUGGGGGCGACCUUAGUGGAAGUGACAGAUCCAACAGACUUGGAGUCAGUGGUCCUGGAGGAGUGCCAAAAGCGGGCUGCAAAUCCCCCAGCUGGCGUAGAGCAGGCAUGGGAGAAACAGGCCCUGCUGCUGAGGUCACCAGAGGGCAGAGUAACUCCAGCAGAAACCAAGGGGGUUGGGGAGAUGGCAGAGAAACAACCCGAAUCGUCUGCUAUAGUGCCAGUGUGUGAGGAACCUCUGUUUGUGAAGCUGUCCUCCUCCUCGGCCCACCGUCGUACUGCAGCUCUGGUUCUUAUGUCAGCCCAGUCGUCCAUGGAGGACUCGUCCUCCUCUCUGGCCUCACGCUCUCGCUUCGUCUCUCCGCUCCGCUCCAAACACCACAACGCCCUCUUCAUCGGCCUCUCCGCGGGCCAGUUCGACGCCAACAACCCCAAGAUGCUGUGGACCUGUUCUCUCCCAGACCUCAGCAGACUGUUCAGCUCAUUACAGGAGGCGUCAACGGGGCUGUUGCCCCCCGACAACAACAACAACCUGGAGAUAGAGACAAUGGAGGAAGAAGAGGCCAAGGAGGAUGCACAAUCAGAGAAUGAGGAUGUGUAUCAGGAUGAUGACCUGAGGGAGCUAAGGGCCUCCAUGGAGAGACUCCUACAAGAGGAAAACAAGGAGGAGCUGAACGGGAUGGCUGAGGAUGAGGAGGAGAGUUCUAAUGGGAAUCCAGGUGAUGAGGAGGCAGGACACACACUCACCAACGGACUGGAAGAAGAGGAGCACCACAGCAGUGAGAGCCAGCUCCAUGAAGAAUGGAAGAAGAGGAGCACCACAGCAGUGAGAGCCAGCUCCAUGAAGAAUGGAAGAAGAGGAGCACCACAGCAAAUGGAAGAAGAGGAGCACCACAGCAGUGAGAGCCAGCUCCAUGAAGAUUGGCAAUCAGACGACAGUGGUGAGGAGGAGGAUGUUGAAGCUGAACAGCAGGACAGCAUCUGCAGCCGUCUGGAGGAGCUGCGUUUGAACCUGGAGCAGGAGAUGGGCUUUGAGAACUUUAUAGAGGCCUACAAUAAGAUCAAGGCAAUUCGUGAGGUUGAGGAUAAGAACAUCGACAUGUUACUGAACAACAUCCUGGGGACUGAGAACCAGCACCUGUACCCCAACAUCCUUCACCUGGUCAUGGCUGAUGGAGCCUACCAAGAGGAUAAUGAUGAAUAGGGGAUGUGUGUCCAAGCCGCUGGCAACUUUUGACAAUCUACUAGCCAUCUGAUGUCUUCCGAUGGUCCACUGCGUAUGGUAGAUGACUCUCUGCAUGGAGGGUUGGGGCCAUAGAUGGAUCUGAGAGGGGUUGGAGCCAGGCCCAGGCACACUUGCAUGAUUUGAAUAGGCUAACUAGUACACUUGAUGUCUGUUUUUCCUACUUCCACUUCCAGCACCUGACACACUUUUGUCUAACUUAAUGUUAAUAUAAAAAGGUGUUAUCAAGUAAUACUUUCUGGUAACCAAAGUUAAAUGGAAGGUUUCAUCAAAUGUAUAUCUUUAUGUCUGUAUCUGUUGGAAUAUAUUCAUGGACCAGUACUUAAAGGAACAUUUCUAAAAAUGUUCAACUUCAUAUUCAUUAUCCCCAGCAUCACCCCAACAUCAACAUAUGUGAAAAUUGCGCGUUUCUAUGUUUUGGAGUACAAAAUGCAGAGGAAGAUAAGUUUCCAAUGACGUCGUCAACCAAUUAGUAGGCAAUUCCUACUCAUAAUUGGUUAAAAUCCCACGAUGUCAUUGGAAACGCUUGUCUUCUAUCUUUUUUACAACAAAACAAAGGAAUGUGCAAUUUUCACAUAUGUUGAGGUUGGGGUGGUGCUGGAGAUGAUGCAUAUGAAGUUGAACAAUUUAGAAAUGUACCUUUUUAAUGGUUAAUAGCACCAUGUUAAGGGUCUACUACAGCAACCUGGUCAAACAGGUGAUUAUACCUCCGAACGUCAGGUGCUCUUCACAACGCUGAGGUUAGGACCACCCGGUCACCAUCCUCAGAAUACAAACCAGGUCAACUUCUACAUGCAAAACUUAUUUUCAACCUUGUUAAGAUUCCAUAAAAACCAGAUGGACCUCCUUUUCUUACUCACUUUUUCAUUACAGUUAAAUAUUCUAUCAUUUUUUUAAACAUUUCUUACCGGUUCCGUCCGUCUUCAGCUCAAAAUGAAAACUACAUUUUGUGUGAGGAUGUUGUGUAGCAGCUGUACUGGAGUGUUACUUGUUAUGCGGUAUGUCAUUAGAUUGCUACUCUGAAGAGAAUUGUAAAGAUAUAAAUGAAUGGUAAUAUCGAUUUUAAAGCAUUCUUAUUUUAUAAUUAAGCAAAUAUUGUACAUCUUUAUAAUAUAAAAAAAUAAAUGCUUAACUUUUUAUAAUCUU